AUGGCUUCAUCGCCCUUUGUGAAUAGUAAGAGCAGAGCGGAACGGUUGCGUGAGGAGAAGGUAGAGCAGCGCAAGAGGACAAGAGAUCUGAUCGACCUGCUGGAUCCUCUGGUUCCUCUUCAAGAUCGGCCGAUUUCAUCGGAGAAAGGAAGCUUGAAGUCGAGGAGGACGGUUCUGCAGCUGUACGAAGAUACAGUAGCCGCUAUCAGAUCCGUGAAGGUGGGGAAUGGAAGUCAGGAGCGAGGUUCGGUGCAGGUUGGCAGCGACAGGAGUGUAUCUUCUUUCUUCAGAAGGCUCGAUGAGGAUCUUCAAUCAUGCAUCGACAGGUGCCGGGUAGAGAAAGAGUACGUUGUGAAGGGCAUGAUGUCGUCUUCUUUCCUUCAAAUCGUGGAGAUGGACACACAGGAGUGGACGAUCGUAAAAACAAGUGCUGGGUUUGACAAUCUCUUUCAAAACUUACCAUGCUCGUCGAUAGUCGGAGAACGGCUGCCGUUGCUGGUGCACCCCCAUGACCUUUGGACGCUUAGGAUGCAUGACAAGCCGAGAGACCCGGUCGAGAUCCGGCUUUCUGUCUUUCGUGGAAACUGCCAUGCGUGUAUCCGCUGCGAGCUGCAUCCUAUUACGGCUGAGAACUCGACCUCGACCUUGUUCUUCCUUCGCACUGUGGAUGCUCUCCCUUCCAUGGUGCCUGACCGUGCCUGGUCCGGCAAGGCUGAGUUUCUCAGCAGCCUCUGCGGUGUGUUCAAUUUCGAUGACAUAUGCUCGACGGCAUCGCCAUGGGAAGUGAGCUCGAGGAUGAAAGACUUCGGAUUCCCCGAGCAGGUCCAGCUCUCUUCUUCGGCUCUCCUGGCGUCGGAAUCUUCACGAGUGGUUCUCGAAGAAUACCUGGCGCUGCAUGGUGUGGAGCUUCACAGAUACGGCGAGCUGCCCCAGGUCUUCUCCCGGAUCCUCCAAUGGCACUUGUACUUUGAUGUGACUGCCGGGGGGAUCCCGCGCUUCACGAUGCAUGUCCGCCUCAAGAUGCCGGAGAUCGCCGGGUGUAAAAUCACCCCUUGGAUCAAGCUGCUUCAGGUCACCUUAGACGGUCAACCCAACCAGUCGGCCAAGAACGUAGACUCGCAAGUUCGUUUCUACGCGCAGAGCAACUCGCCUCCUGGAGAGCUGCACAUGACUUCUCUCUACUGGCGCAAACGCAAGGACGGAUGGAGUUGCUUUCACAACCGGGACUGGAUCAUGAAGCCCGAUCGUUGCAGGAUCUUCGGUCAGUUAUUUCGAUCAGCUCAAGACAAGCUGUUUGAGUUCGAGCAUGUGUCUGUACGGGUGGGAGAUGUCGACAACCAGCUUUUGAAAGACAUCGUUGGCACAUAG